UCUCAUUUAUUUCUUUGUUUUUUCUUUUACGUGGGAUUAAAAAAGAGCUGAAGGAAGAGAAACAGUCAAAGAAAUUCAGAUCCUGGGAGAGAGAAAUAGAGAGAAGACAGUCAGGUAGCAAGCAAGGGACAAAUCAAGGCAAGAGAGAAGCAGAGAGCAGGAAUGCAGACGCCAGAGAGGGGAGAGAUGCCAGAGCAAUAGGCAGAGGCUGGAGGAGAAGCAGCAGACACAGAGAGAAAUGCAGGAUUAAAAGGGAAUUUAAGCAGCGAGAACAUCAAAACCUAGAGGUGAAGUAAAUACAGAUAGAAUGGGCUCGGGGGGGAGAGAUGAGCGAUAUCAGCAGUCAUUUUUUUUUUAAACAUGUAUUUAUAUAGCGCUAACAUAUCCCGUAGCAAUCAUUCCAAGGAAGGUGGGGAGAAAGAGACAGCAAGCAGGGGGAGAGACAGCUAAACAGGUGUAGAGGGGCUACAGUGGGAAUACAUUGCUGGUUGCAAAAGAGACAGCAGGGGGAAAUAAACACACUGAUUUUGUUUUAGCAAAGUGUGGGAACACCGAAGGUUGUACUCAUUUAUCCCAGCUGAGGCUCUUGAUGCUCUCCUGUCUGGUGUGACAUCUAUCAGAGCGUUGUCAUUAUGCCUCACAGGCUCUAGAUCUCUCCCACGGUGGCUCAGAACAAUUUAUCAGUGGAUACCUUACAAAAGGUGGCAAGGUCACUAUUAAAGAAGCUGGACCGGCACAUUGUAGAGCAAACGGAACAUCUAAAGGUAGCCAGUGAGCAGGAGAAGCUUUCAAUGCACCUUUCACCUGGAAGAAACCUUUCUCCUGUGUAUAUAUCAUAGAGUACUUGGGAGAAGAAGGAAGCUUUCCAACUUGUCGUCAGGCCAACGGGUUACAAAUGGGCCUGGUGGCCAUUCCUACUACUAGCAGUUAGGAUACACUGCAAUACGACUGUUCCGAAAUCAGAGCUGGCUGCGAAUCCUACAAAGGGGAAAAGAGAUAAAUAUGAAAUAUGGGUGGAUUAUUUGAGAAGGGAAUAGCUAUCUUUGUGUCUUUCAGACAGGCCACUUUCACAGUGUUGGGGCCACAGAGCUGGAAGAAGACCGCUCACAUCUGACGAGAAUUUCCACCACUCUGGAAUUGGUCUCAUGCAUUGGAAGUUGCCCACAAUCAGUAACCAUUUAUUGGACUCAUGGAAAGGUGCCAUGGGAAGCAGAUGAGACAAGGACCUUGAAUCAAAGACUGGUGUCAACCCAAGUCUCUCCGUGCAAGAGUUGGACUACAAUUCCACAGAGAAACAGCAACAUUCAGCCCUUGGUCAUUAGCCACCCCUGGGCUAACAGACACAGGACGUGGGGCCUGGGCCAGAAGGCUUUUCCUCUCGUGGUAUAAUGUCUUUAGAACUGGAUCGGUGACUAGCAAUCAAGCCACUGCACAUCUGGAGAAGCAUCAGCAGAACAAGGUGUCCUCUAGUGGUAUGGUAACCUUACAGUGCAGCGCUCACUGACUGGCUUGUGCAGUGGCAUGGCGGGGGCCUGGCUGGUUUUGUGGGGUCUUUGUUCAGCUGCCAUUUUGCUGACGUCAUCUACACAAGGACUUAGCCGGGCAGCUCUACCAUUUGGCCUAAUGCGCCGGGAGCUGGCUUGUGAAGGGUAUCCAAUCGAGCUGCGGUGCCCAGGGAGUGACGUUAUAAUGGUGGAGAAUGCUAAUUAUGGGCGGACAGAUGACAAGAUCUGCGAUGCAGACCCAUUUCAAAUGGAGAAUGUUCAAUGCUACCUGCCCGAUGCCUUCAAAAUCAUGUCACAAAGGUGCAACAAUCACACACAGUGUGUUGUUGUUGCUGGUUCGGACUCCUUUCCAGAUCCGUGUCCAGGAACCUACAAGUACUUGGAAGUCCAGUAUGACUGCGUCCCAUACAAAGUGGAGCAAAAAGUUUUCGUCUGCCCGGGAACCCUACAGGAAAUACUGGAGCCCACGUCCACCCAUGAGUCUGAACACCAAUCAGGAGCAUGGUGCAGAGAUCCCCUGCAGGCUGGUGAGCGUCUCUAUGUAAUGCCAUGGAUCCCCUACCGUACAGACACAUUAACAGAAUAUGCUUCAUGGGAGGAGUAUGCCGCAGGUCGCCAUACCACAACAUAUCGACUACCUAGCAGAGUGGAUGGCACAGGCUUUGUGGUAUAUGAUGGAGCUGCCUUCUAUAACAAAGAACGUACACGCAAUAUUGUCAAGUUUGAUUUGCGGACACGGAUCAAAAGUGGAGAAGCCAUAAUAUCCACAGCCAACUACCAUGACACCUCACCCUAUCGGUGGGGUGGCAAGACUGAUAUUGACUUAGCUGUGGAUGAGAAUGGAUUGUGGGCAAUUUACGCAACUGAAGGCAACAGUGGAAGGCUGGUGGUCAGCCAGCUUAACCCCUACACACUACGAUUUGAAGGCACUUGGGAAACAACAUAUGAUAAACGUUCAGCUUCUAAUGCUUUUAUGGCAUGUGGCGUCCUUUAUGUUCUGAGGUCAGUGUAUGUAGAUGAUGACAGUGAAUCAGCUGGGAACCGCGUGGAAUAUGCUUUCAACACACACCGAAAUCAUGAGGAACCUUUAGGGGGCAAUGGAGGAACUGGACUGGAUUUUCCUAACCCAUACCAAUUUGUGUCUUCAGUGGACUACAAUCCAAGAGAUGGGCAGCUAUAUGUAUGGAAUAACUAUUUUUUGGUGCGAUAUGCACUGAGGUUUGGCCCUCCAGACCCAGCUGAAGGUCCAGCCACUCCCACCCCACCAGUGGUCACUGCCACACUGCCUCAGCCUCCAUUGACUGUUACCACUUCCCCCUCUAUAACUACCACUGCUCACCAUCCACCACUCACAACGCACCCCAUAGGAGUGAUAAACCCUAUAGGGCCUGACUUGCCUACACCUGGGACCCGUCGGCCACCUCCCUCCAACCAACAUUCUUAUUCAGAGAUCUAUUGCCCACCUCAUGAGGAGAGACUGGUACAGUGGCCAGCUGCGCAACAAGGCAUGCUAGUAGAGAGGCCAUGUCCAAAGGGAACACGAGGUACCGCCUCAUUUCUCUGUCUGCCCACCCUAGGCGUGUGGAAUCCACGUGGCCCAGAUCUUAGCAACUGCACCUCUCCGUGGGUAAACCAGGUGUCACAGAAGAUAAAGAGCGGAGAGAAUGCAGCUAAUAUUGCAGGAGAAUUGGCCCGUCACACUCGAGGGCAGAUAUAUGCAGGUGAUGUGACAUCAUCAGUGCGUCUUCUGGACCAGCUUUUAGACAUUCUGGAUGCUCAACUCCAAGCUCUACGACCAGUGGAGAGAGAGAGUGCAGGAAAGAACUACAACAGGAUGCAUAAAAGAGAGCGGACGUGUAAGGAUUAUAUCAAGGCAGUGGUAGAAACAGUUGAUAACCUCUUGCGUCCAGAGGUGUUGCCAUCGUGGAGGGACAUGAAUUUAACUGAACAGGAAAACGCAGCAACCAUGUUAUUAGACAUAUUGGAAGAAGGAGCUUUUCUCUUGGCUGACAAUGUCAAGGAGCCUGCACGUUUUCAGACUGCAAGGCCCAACGUGGUGCUAGAGGUCUCGGUGGUGAACACAGAAGGUUCAGUAACUGAGCUGAUCUUUCCUCAGGACAAUCUCAGUCUCAGCUCCAUCCAACUCUCUGCUAACUCCAUCAAGCAGAACAGUCGAAAUGGGGUGGUGAAGGUUGUUUUUGUCCUUUACAACAAUCUGGGACUAUUUCUGUCCACUGAGAACUCUACUGUCCGUAUCGGAGGAGAGAGCAGCUCCACAGCACACUCUCUGGUGGUGAACUCGCAGAUCAUUGCUGCUUCGAUAAACAAAGAGUCCAGCAGAGUCUUCCUAAUGGACCCAGUUAUAUUUACGCUGCCACAUCUACAGACAAAGAAUCACUUCAAUGCCAAUUGUACAUUCUGGAAUUAUUCUGAGCGAUCUAUGCUGGGUUAUUGGUCCUCACAGGGCUGCCGGCUGGUUCAAACUAACAAGACUCAUACGACCUGUGCGUGCAGCCACCUCACCAACUUUGCUGUACUGAUGGCCCAUAGAGACAUGUACCAAGGUCGUAUCAAUGAGCUGCUGCUCUCCGUCAUCUCAUGGGUGGGCAUUGUGAUCUCUUUGGUCUGUCUUGGAAUCUGUAUAUCCACAUUUUGUUUUCUGAGAGGUCUACAGACAGACAGAAACACCAUCCACAAAAACCUAUGCAUCAGCCUCUUCCUUGCUGAACUGCUAUUUCUCACCGGCAUUGACAAAACUCAGUACCAGGUUGUAUGCCCUAUCCUGGCCGGUCUGCUGCAUUUUUUCAGUCUUUCUGCCUUUUCUUGGCUGUGCCUGGAAGGAGUGCAGCUCUACCUUAUGCUGGUUGAGGUAUUUGAAACUGAGCAUUCACGACGCAAAUAUUACUACCUCUGUGGUUAUAUUUUCCCAGCCCUCGUUGUAGGAAUAUCAGCAGCUGUAGACUACAGAAGUUAUGGGACAGACAAAGCUUGCUGGUUGCGGGUUGAUAAUUAUUUCAUCUGGAGUUUCAUUGGACCUGUUUCCCUUGUCAUUGUGGUCAACCUUCUUAUUCUCCUUGUUACACUCCAUAAGAUGCUACGUUCUUCUUCGGUACUGAAACCAGAUUCAAGCCGUCUGGAGAACAUUAAGUCCUGGGCCCUUGGAGCAGUCACUCUGCUCUUCCUCCUUGGCCUUACAUGGGCUUUUGGUUUCCUCUUCAUUAAUAAGGAGUCUCUAGUUCUGGCUUAUCUCUUCACCACCUUCAAUGCUCUUCAAGGGCUUUUCAUCUUCAUCUUUCAUUGUGCUCUGCAGAAGAAGGUGCAUAAGGAAUAUAGUAAGUGUUUGAGACACUCUUACUGCUGUGUGAGAGGUCCACGAGCAGAGCAUGGGACCUUAAAAUCUACUGUCAAUAGCCGUUACUAUACCCAGAGUCGAAUACGCAGAAUGUGGAAUGAUACAGUCAGGAAACAAACAGAGUCCUCUUUCAUCGCUGGAGACCUUAACAGUACCCCAACACUGAAUAGAGGCUCUAUGGGUAACCACUUGCUGACAAACCAAGUGCUGCAGAGUCGUGUGGGAACGAGUCCAUACAACACACUUAUCACAGAGCCUGUGGGGUUCAGCCCCUCCUCCCCAGGAUACAAUGCAACUGGAAGUUUCCGGGAUCCUAAGCAUACCUUAAGUCGGGACCCAUGUGGAAAAGAUGCACUACCCCCACUCCCACUCAAUGGCAACUUCAACAACAGUUACUCCCUCCGGGCAGGUGAUUUUCCCCCUGAUCCUUCCAAGUUGGCAGAAGGUGCCAGUGGUAUAGGAGGGCGACGAAAUUUUGCGGAUGCAGCAGCAUUUGAAAAAAUGAUCAUCUCUGAGCUAGUGCAUAGCAACCUGGGAGGAAAAUCACAUGGGGGAACAACAGAGACAUCAGAAGAGGAAGUCACAGCAGUGCCAGAAAGUGGCGAGGUGCCUACAAUGGAGAUGGAACGCAUGUACAAGGCUUUAGAGGAGCCACUCCUACUACAAAGAGCUCAGUCUAUCCUAUACCAGAGUGACCUGGAGGAGUCAGAAGCUGAAGCUGCUCCCCGUAACUCCCCCAAUCAUGACUCACUCUACACAAGCAUGACCAACCUCAAAGACUCCCCAUACCCAGACAGUAGCCCUGAGACUGGCCUUCCCCCCUCUGGGGAAAUGCUGCCAUGCCAUCAGGUGGUACCUCCACCAACUAAGUCAGAUGCCAUGUACUUCCCUGGCCAGGUGGGGUCAGUGCCCAGGGGACAGCUGCAGGCAUUCUACCAAAUGCCCCAGGGUUUUUUGGGCCUGGAGGGUUCAGUGCCAGAGGGUGACGGCCAGAUGCAGCUCAUCACCAGCCUCUGAACUUACUCGCCCGCCCCUGACACUAACCCCAGCACCCCUGUAAAUCAAAUACAGUCCUUUUCUCUCUACUAUAGAAGAAAGCAGGGUCAGAUGGAGAGAGAGGCAUGUAUGUAGGGGCUAUUUUGUUGGGGUCGGGUGAGGGCAAUUUGCUGUUUUGCCUCGUGGACCAUUUUGGAUCCCAGGUAGAAUAUGAAUUCAAAAUACUUGGACUUCCUCUUAUUGCCCAUGUGAGAAAGUAAGCAGGUAAGUUGCAUGUGUGUAGGGGAGGGUCGCAUUUGGCAAGAGGCUAUGGGUGCCAAAAUAUGCCCCUCUUAAUGACAACCAUAUAUCCCAAGAAGCUUAGCCAAGCUUGCUGAUUAAACCUUGAGUUCAUGGUGACAGUAUCACUGUAUUGCUACUCAGCCAAUGAAAAUAAGGGAAAGAGAUAACCAUAAAAAAAGAGUGAAAAUCAGCAGCCAUUAGAACAUAUAUAUAUCACAGAAUAUGGAAUGUGGUGCCAAAUGACUGACAUGGCUACAGUAUAAAUGUAGAAUAAGAAGGGGUGGCCUGUCUUCAUAUAAGAAAAGAAAUAUGUACUUCAAAAAAAAAAAAAAAGGAUUUAUGCACAAAACUGAACUUCUUAUUUUGAAGUUUCUUUUUGGAAAAGAGAAGCCCCUCACAACCUCCACUUCACCCAAAACUCCUCCACUUGCCUCACUCGAAAGGGAAGGACUUUUUUUUCUCUUGUGUCACCGUGGCUAGAAUGGAUUUUGAUUGACACACGCAAACACACAAAAAAAAAAUUAAGCGUGUGGCCACAGUUUCUCCCCUGUCACAUCAAAAUUAAAAAAAGGAAAUGGAGGGGUUGGGCUGAAAUAUGGACUGCAACUGCCCUGCAUAUUCUUUAUUUAAGCACAAAAAAAUGGGAGGAUCAUGGGACUUUUAAUGGGGGAGGCAAGUGUCUUAUCCGUCAACUGUAAAUAAUGAACUCUUAAGGGGGAGAAGGGAGAGAAUAGGGGAGUUACUGAGAACAUUCCCCCAAGAAAAAACACUGGUGCAGAACUGGCCAGUAGGGAUUUUUUUUGUUUUUUUUAUAAUUAUCUGCCUUCUGCAGUGCUUCUUGGCUUCCAAAAUGGCCUGUCCGCCAUAAGCUCUCCCUCCAGAGCUGCAGGAUCAUGAUUAAUCUGUACCAUGCCCGAAGAAAUGUCGCACUCCCAGCAUUUCUGUGUGUUUUUUUUAACAUAUUUGUGUAUGUUUGUCUUAAUUUAUUUAGUCCAUGGAAGGGAGGCACGGCAACCAUGAUUUUACCCAGUUGAGCCAACAGACAUCAGUAGGAACUUUUAUGAACUGAGGGGUCGGUGCAUAGAGAAUGACAUAGAUAUCAAAAUGAUCAUGUCACCGCCCACCCAUACAAAAUAGUCAGGAAGUAAUCAAAUUAACUCGAUUCAUAUGUAGGAGCAUUUAAUUCCAGAAUUACAUUAAUAAUAAAGAAACACAGCACCUUGCUGCUAAAGAAAGCCAUGAAGUACAGGGAAUGGUGCAAUAGGGCACCUUAACAACUAAUGUGCAGGCCCCUACAAUGCUCAUUGAGAAGUGAUAUUUCAGUAUGACCUUGGCUAUUAAGUGAACAGAAGUUGUUUGCCAUUUGGUCACUUAGCACAUAGCUAAAGCCAAAACCUCUAGAUAGACUAUAUCUUGUUUCUGAUUGGCCUGUAAACGUAAAAGCAGCUCUAAAUAGUAUAAAUAUACAUAAAUAUAUAUUUGCAAAUAGAUAUUGUGAAGGAAAGAAACUUCCCUCUUGAAGAUGGAUUAAAGAUAAAGGAUUAUAGCAACGGUGACCCCUCUUUUUGGGUCUCUGUCCUGCCCUCAGCUGUCGGAAGUGGUCAGAAGCUCUACAGUGAUGGACACGCCAGUUUCUAGAAUAGGCAAGUGAGCAAGGCCUUGUUAUUGUGUUAUAUAAAAUAGUGGCCUACAGAAAUAUCAUACCCAGGGCAGAUUGUUUAAAAAUAAUAAAAAAUCAAGUUCAAGAUCUGAAUUAGAAAGUAGCAGUCUGAUCGGCUGCCUCACUACAGCCCCCACUGUGACUGCGACACCCAGAGUCAUUCACUGGGAACAGCAGGAGACAAUAUUGGACGGGGGGGGAUUCACAAGUUUUGAUAUAUCUUUCACUUUUGCGGAGUAAAGGGCCUUGAAUCACAUUUCUGAAUUUCUAGUCAUUUACCAUAGGAUAAAAUAGCAAAUGACAAUAAAUAGUUAUUAAAACAUAUAACACUAUUUUAACUAUAUAUUGUGACAAAGAAAAUACCCUAUUGAUACAAAUGUAUUUUGCAAGUGUUGUUAUGCUAAUUGGCGUAACCCACUGGGUUAUAUCAACACUUGCGAAAUACAUUUGUCAUAAUUAUGUUUUGUACUGUCUUACUUUUCCGCCGUCGUUAUUUUCCUAUGUUUUUUUGGUUGUUGAUUGUCUGCUAACUCGCCCUCUGACCCCGAAGUGAGAAAAGGUUAACUACCUCUCCACCCCUCCUCUCCUCUCUCCUUCCUUCAAUUUCUUUUUCAUAUG